GGGAGUCAAUCAGUAGUGUUUAUAUUUCGUAUCGCGAUUGUGUUUAGAUAUUUUUCUUCUGGUGAUUUUUGGAAAGAAAAACUAAUAAAAUUAAUAAUUAUUUGCAGUGUUCACUUUCUUUCGCGUAAAAAGAUCAUCGAGAAGUUAACUAGUGCUGCCGGUUCUAUGAAAAUCGUGUAUUUAUCGAUGUUUGAGAUCGUUUUGUUGGGUCAGUUUUAGGGGCAAUAAAAGUGGUGUACGUGAUUGCUGCCGUUCGCAGCCAGGAAAAAGUGCAAAAGCAAACAAAAUCUCUCGACGAAGAAACAAAAUAAAUCAACAUCGAUUACAUCCAUCGGAGGACGCCGUUGAUGCCGGCAAUCGGAGGCGUCCGGAAGAAGUAUCGAUUUUGCCCAUACCCACACCAAUAUCCAAGAGAAAGCACAAAGGAAUGGCAGUAGGGUCACUGUAGGAAGGAGAUACCCUUGGCCCGUGCACACGCAGUUCUGCUACAGUGUUACAUUUAAGAACCUCAUUGUUAACAACGAUGCCUAGUGAAGAAGUACAACAACAGCAAUCUCAACAGCAGCAACCUCAGACGACCCAGGCGGACCAAGCGAUACUGUCGAGGGCACCACCGCCCGACGAGGAGGAAGAUGACGACGACGAGGACGAUGACGAAGCGGGAACCGGCGGCGACCCCACGGACGGAGCCCGUAGCUAUUCCAGCACACAGGUGGCUUCGGCCGGCGGAGGGUUCUACGAGGAGGACGAAGAGGAGGAAGAGGACGAGGGCGAGGAGAUGCCGGGGUUGAGGCAACUUUUUGCGCCAAUUGGUAAGAUGGUGUUCUCGCACUUCUAGCUACUGACUGGCUGGAAGUCUCGAUAAUAAAGCUAAUAAUAAAAACUUGGCUCGCACAAUUCUUCCCCAGCGGACACACAAGCCCAGAGCGAAGACGAAGAGGACGGGGACUACAUUCCGGACGAGGAAGUCAAAAAGACCAUCAUGGUGGGUAGCGACUUCCAAGCGGUGAUACCGGAGGGUCUCUGCCGGUACGAUGACGCGCUGCCUUACGAGAACGAAGACAAACUGCUGUGGAAUCCGACGGUGCUCGGCGAGGACCUCAUCGAGGAGUAUCUGAAAAAGAUUGCCUCCGGAGCGAGUAGCAAUACAGGGACCCCGCACACGAAUAGUGUUUUCUCGAUACCACUGGGGAGGCACCUACGAGAUGACGAACAGGGGCUGUAUCUGUUGCAGCAGUGUGGGCAUAAUAUUGAUGAAGCGCUACGGCGGAAACGGAUAAAUGCGGUCCCGGUUGCGGAACAGCAGAUGAGCAUCUGGUCCGAGGAGGAGUGUAGGAAUUUUGAAAAUGGUUUGCGGAUACACGGGAAGGACUUUCAUAUGAUACAGCAAUCGAAGGUCCGCACCCGCUCCGUCGGCGAGCUGGUCCAGUUCUACUACCUGUGGAAGAAAACCGAACGGCAUGACCUGUUCGCCAACAAGGCCCGACUCGAGAAGAAGAAGUACAACCUCCACCCGGGACUAACCGAUCACAUGGACCGGUUCCUGGAGGAGCAGGAAAAUAGCACCGGCUUCGGCGACCGGAGUUCGUCACCGGGGUUCGCCAGUUUGUACGGUGGCAAUCCGGAAGCCAAGCGACAACGUCUGAUGGACUCGAAAGACCAUUCAACCAGCACAGGAUCUUCGAAAAGGUCUUCGUCAGCGCUGUGACUUGGUCCGACGGUGUUUCCCUCCGGGAGGGCACCACUAGCUAAGUAAACAUAUACCGCAGCAUUCACACGGGGGCAGAGACAGCUACAGAGUGGUGUACAGCAAAGGCAAAAGGCAAGCACUAGCAAGGGAGUAUGUUGAGGUGGCUGGAAGAAAGCCAUCGCAUCGCACGGGUCGGAAGUAUAAGAAAAACGAAAAAGAAAAGGAAAACCUAGCGCAUGCAGCACCGCGUAUAUUGCACUCUUAAAGCUGAGGAAGACUUGGCACUAGAAGCGAGAGGGCCCUUUGGGGCGAUGAAAAAAAAGUGGAGAAAAGGACAACCGAACUUCUAAGAAAGUAUAGGUAUAGGAAGGCGCAUCCUACGUUGCAAAAACUGACGGACAGCUCUUUGUUCUGGGAUAGAUUUUCGUUUUCUUCGUCGCUUGGGCACAAACACACAAACACCGGAGAGACGCAUUGUGUGAAAAGAUUGCUAUUUAACUGUAUUAAGUUGUAAAAGUGAUUCAGUUUUAUUGACACAUUUUUGAAAUGGAAAGUAUUUGUUGACAGAGUCGUCGAACGAAUUCGUUGAGGGUUGAGCAAUCACUACGGUAUAAGCACAACGUAGAAGAUUAUAUAAGAUUCUAUUUGGACACAGAUAUUACCUCUAUCUAUCUCUCUCUUUCGUAAAUUAUUACUCAGAUCUUUAGGAAUCGAAUCGAAAUUGGAUACAUAUUCGGUCUUCGGAAUAGUGAACGAAAUAAAAACUACUUGAUAUGAAUGUAACAAAUUGUGCAGAAAAAUCUAUCAAAAUUACACUAAACAUGCAGCAACAGCUGCAUGGAAAAUAUAGUCCAAAAUCAAAAGGUAA